UUAAAUAGGUCGAUCGGACUCAGGAAUUACUUAAUAGUUGUUCUUCGCAUAGUAUUUUUCGGAGGACGCGAGAGAUCGAGAGGGAGGGAGAAACCCGGGUAGUAACAGCUUAUCCCGACAACGUCAACGAUAGAGAAACACCUCACCGAUCUGUCGCUACCCUUAGACCACCGUCACUCACACACCGACAACAACCCGCAGAUCUGGGCCGGGAGAAGCGAGAAAAAAAUGGCAUUCCAGUUCCCGGGUAGCAUCGACGCCGCGCGCGUCGCAACCUUCGUCAGCACCGCGGCCUGGAUCCAGGGCGUUAGCGCGAGCGAGGUCUCACUGCCGCCCGAGGCGCUCGACAACUUCCUGCGGCGGCACGGCAUCGGCGGCGGCCGGAUCCACGGGCGCCAGACCUCGGCGCAACCCACAGCCCCCGCGCCUACGCCCCCGCCGCCGCCCAAGGACGAAGAAGACGACGAAUCGAGCUCCUCCGUCGACACGCCGGGCUCGACGCUGAGCGACUCGCAAGACGACGAGGGCGACUCGAAGACGAGCGAGGAGGAGCCCGACGAGCCCGCCGACGGCAACGCCGCGACCCCGACGGGUACGCCCCAGGCCGGCGUCAGCCCGCCGGCCGUCGGUGGCGGCGCGCAGGGCCAGCCGGGGGGCCAGGACGCGAUCGCGGCCGGCGGCGGCGGCGGCAGUGGCGGCUUGAGCCCCGGCGCCCGCAUCGCCAUCGGCGUGUGGACGGCAGUGGGCGCCGUCGCCAUCCUCGGGCUCAUCUACUUCUUCUGCCGGCGGCGGCGCCGCGCGCGCCUCGCGCGCGACGAAGCCGACGCCCUACGCGACGAGGAGCUCGCCCGCGCCAUGCGCGAGCACCAGCAGCAGCAAUUACUGCAGGAGGUCCAGGCGCGCCACAUGUCCGAGGCGGUCGGCACCUUCGGCGCGGCGCCCUUCGUGGCGGCGCCGCCGCCCCAGCCUCGGCAGAUGUCGUACCAGCCGUCGCCGCUCGCGCCGCCGCCGCCGGCCGCCGCCCCCCAGCGCGCCCCCAGCGGCCAGUGGAUGGCGAUGCCGCCGUGGCAGGACGAGCCGCCGACCUGGCGCGAGCCGCACCCCUGGCGCCAGUCGCAGCCCUCCGUCGCCGGCGCCCGCGCCGCUGCCGUCCGCCCCUCCUUUGCCGGCUACCCCCCGCCGCCACCUCCCGCCUCCGCGCGCCCCGAGGACGACCGCCGGACCGAGACCACGUCCGAUACCGAGAGCACGAUAUUCGCGUACCGGUAGCGGCGCGGGUAAGGCCCGGCGAGCAAGGCUUGGAGGUGGGAAGGCGGCCCUGUACGUAAAUGAGCUCGUCAAGACUGCGCGCGAGUACGUGACUUGUGCGUCUGUGUGCGCGUGCGUCUAUACCUAUACGUGUGUGUGUGUGUGCUCGUGCGUUUUGUGUGUAUAUAUAUUAACCUAACAGCGCGGCGCAUCCCUGUUCCCCCGAUUCCUUCGGUCGGUCGAUUGGCGCGUCGUGGCUUAUCUUCGUUUAAGCGGACCGAGUUCGCAGUUGGAGUGCGAUACACAAAUGUCCCUCCUACCAGUUUGGUGCGGUGGUAGGUCGGUCGAAAUAUAUA